AUGGAUGCCAACCAGUCGCAACCCCCUGGACAGCGACCAGAUCAAAUACCCAUUGCGCAGCUCUCUCCGGCAGUCGAAAAUUUGUCCCGGUGCUCUAUACACGCUACCGUCUCGUUGCUUUGGCCCUACUCGUCUUCAACACAGUCUCUCGGUCUAUUGCUGGCGGAGCCCGAUUUCCGUCUGCGUCGCUCAAAUGGGCAAGUCAAAGUACUAUUUCAUGGCCACAUCGCCGAGAGUGUUGCGGCUUCAAAGCUCGGGAUCGGAGACUAUGUGUUUCUCAGUCUCGAUGGGGCUAGGUUUGUGGACAACCAAGCGACGACGCAGACGCCUGGUAAAUGUGUGACAUGGGAUCUUCAUUUUGAUGAUCGCGUGCUCCUCGAGGUCUUUCGAGCCUCCGAACGCCUCUCGACCGUCAAAGUCGAUCGUCCCUCAUCUCCGGUACCGAACAUCCGCGUCACAAGUCCAACACCCGUCACUCCUGCGCCUAGAAAUACCUCCUUCCAGGGCGGAAUCCCGUCGGUUACACAUGCGGAAUCAUGGCAAUCUCCGGCUUUCGUGGGACGUUCUCGCACCUCUUUUGGCGCCCUCGUCGAUUCGGCCUUCGAUCCAUUCGCAGAGGAAGACGGAUAUGUCCCUGGGAAGGGAAGGAAACGCACGAGGUUCAGCAUGAGAAACAACGAUUGGCGCAUUAUUGAUGAGCCAGAGGUUCCGGGGAAGGAUGACAUGCCACUUGAUUGGGCGCAUAUAUUUGACGAAGCGGAAAUAUCGUCGGACGGAGACAAGGACGAAUCGACCGAUGCCGCUCUUCCAGCUCCUACAGACACCAUGGAAGUCGUACCUACGGACAUCGACGUCCCAAUAACUCAGUCCUCUCCAGGUCUGAGCCAAGGUGUCGCACAUACGAACCAAGAGGAGACGUCUCGUCAACCUGAAAAACAACCCUUUCCCGACCUGUCUGCUCAUCUCCCUAUCGACACGCCGCGCUUAAAUCCCAUCCCAUCUCCUGGGCUUCCUAUUCCAUCACCGCUUCUCACCGCACCCAGUAGUCAAGGCUACUUUGGAUCGGUCGAAGUCACGAGCCAUACCCAUUUCGAACCUGUCGCCUCAAAAUUAUCCCAAGAACUGCCAAAGACGACUAAUGAGACUUCUCAAUCUCUUGGAGAGAGUGAAAAACAUUCGGGGGAAAAUGAAGCUGCUGCGUUUACAGAGGAAUCUCUGAAGAUCAGCACGGCGUCCCAGGCUCUUGAAAUCAGUGGACCUGUAGGAGUCACUGAACGAAUCGUGGAAAAUAAUGCGAACACUGGAACGACAAAUCCAAGUGAAGGGAAUACCGAAAGUGGGGUCAUUGAAGUGGUCAAUGUAGAGCCACGUGAAGAAAGCGAUGUUCAGGAGUUACAUGAUAAUGUCCAUGGAGAAGACGCCUCUGAAGAAUCUGGAAAGGGUGAAGAGGAGGAAGCUGAGUCACCAGACUCCGAAUUCAACGAAGUGCAAAGCGAAGAUGAAUCGCAGGAUCGAAGGAACAUUGGGUCAGGGUUCGCUGCUCGAGACCACGGCUCGGCAAACAUGCCUGAGGUGAUCGAGUCUGACUCAGACGAAGGUUCCGAGGUAGCUGAAUCAUUGAAAGACUUUGAGACUACAGGGCACCGAAAUAUUAGACUUGGAGAACGCAUUGUCUCGGAUGAAGGGGAUGAGUUUUCCAGCCGGAACGAGGCUGAUGAAGAAAAGAACGAGUAUCUGGACGAGGACGAGGACGGGUACGAGAACUACGGAGAUGAAGACGAGGAUGAAGACAAUAUAGGGGAGGAAGAAUUUUAUCGCGUUGGGUCCGGAGACGAGGAGGUGCAAAGCAUUGACGAAAACGAAUACGAUGAGCGUGUCGAGUCCGAAGUCGAAUCCGACCAAAUGAGUGUCGAAGAUAGCAUCCAGCCAUCCCAGUCACCCAAAACCGGGCCCCCUGAAGUCAUUGUGCUCGACAGUGAUAGCGAGGAUGAAGCACCCCCAUAUUAUCAAAUAUCUCAUUCUGAACAAAGACACAUCCCCACCCUUACGCAAAGACGUCAGUCACCCGCAGCAUCCGAAGAAGGGUCAGUUUUUGAUGAAAGCGAGUCCGCCUCGGGCAUGGAUGACUGGUCUGAGGAGGAUGAGUCCCAAGCAAAUGACGAGAUAGGACCUGAGCGAGAAGAGCGACGGCCUGACACUGAAUCGAUAGAAGGCGAAGAAAUAGAGCAUCAAGCCUCAGAAUCUGUGUCUGUCGGAGAUCAAUGGCCAGAGGACGAGAAUAUGGAGGGCCAAACCGUUGGGGAUGAACAGGAAGAUGAGCAGAUGGGCUAUUCAUUUGCUGAGCAGCAGCCCAGAAACGGAGCCAAAGAACCCUCCAUUACCUUGGUUGAACAUGAUGGAGAGGGCUCUGCUGUACAAGAGUCGCAGCAUCUUGAGGAUGAUUCUGCCGGUGUCAGUGCCACCGGGUCAGCUUUAUUACCUCUCCAGCAUAGUGAGCUCGACUAUGCUUCUCCUGCCCACCCUAGCAACCAUACCACUCCGCCUGUGACAUCUGAUCACGCCUUGGCAGUCGAUCCAAAACUAUACAGUUCAACUCCCGUCCAAGAAGAAGUCGGUGGAGAGACCGACCAGGUGUAUCCAGAGCACGAGAGCCAAGGACUUCUGGAUGAGGGGACAUCACUGAACGACACAGAGCAAGCGAAAGAAGAUAAGGCGAGUAAGAUGGCGUUUUCUCUGGAUGGGGCGGUCCCUUCUCAAUUGUCGCACGAGCCACACAAUGCAAUCAGUGGCGUACCGUUUAAUCUGCCACAUGGACCUCGGAUCAUGACACCGAAUCUCUCGCAACCAAGUGGCGGACCUGCUCAUGUGGAUAUUAUAACGGACGAACCGCUUCCUACCCCGGUCCACACGCAGGAAACAUUGUCAAGGGCCCACGACAUCUCCGAACCAGCGCGGACGGCGGACUCAGCCCCUGCACUAUCUGCAAAGGAGAGUAGUCCGGUUCUUGAGGAGACUGGUGAGAGGACCGUCUUUGUUGAGAUUCCUCAAAAGGAACAACAGCAGGCAAUCGAAGAGACAAGUGUGCACGAGAGAACGGAAGGUCUGGUGGCUCAAGAUGAGGCUUCGCAACCUCAGCGUCAUGAGGAUAACGACUCCGUCGGAACAAUGGACAGCGUCCAUCUUCUUAGUGUCGACCGUCACUACCCCGGCCUGCGCAGCAAGCUCUCUUAUUUCGCUCCGCUUGCUACACUUAUUGACCAUUUCGGCGCUUUGACGGACACCCUUUCAGUUGUCUCUGAAGUUCGACCUGUCAUACGCGCUACAUCAGGGAAGAAGGACUACCUCCUGACUCUCCAACUGACCGAUCCGUCUAUGGCUGGUACAGCCUUAAAUGCCGAAAUUUUUCGUCCUUACAAGGGGGCGUUGCCCUCUCCUGAAGAAGGCGACGCCAUCCUCUUGCGGAAUUUUAUGGUCAGAAGCUUCAACCAUUCGAUGGUGCUUGUCAGUGUUGAAACCAGCUCAUGGGCCGUGUUUAACAGCUCCAGAAUUGAUGCACAAGUCGAUGGCCCACCAGUUGAAUAUGGCGCGGAAGAACAAACCCAUGCAACUGAUUUACGUCAGUGGUACCAAGAAACGGGCAUGGCCAUGGUAGCAGACAAUCAGUUGCAAGCAUCUAUCGAAAGGGCUAGUCGAGAGCAGACGCCUGCGAGCAGUGCUGUCUUCAGCGAUAGCGGUAGUCCCGAUUCUCUCCUACGAGACAAUCGUGCUGGGUCGUCCGUGUCGGCGAGGGGCUCGCGACGAGGCCGAAAGUCUCGCCGGAGGAUAACAAUUCAUGAGCUUAGAGACGGAACAAGAUACACUGAGGUUGGCUCGCCAUCUGGCAGAGAUAGUAUCCAUGAACUUCGCGAUGGGACAGUACCUGACAAGUUUUGA